AUGCGCCCAUCCUUCCCAUACUCUAGUCGCAACAGUGGCAGGCCGCCAGCCUCAGCGUCUCCAUGGCCCCGCUCGUUGUCCGCAGUCUCGAUAUUGUGGCUUGCGAUAGGGGCUUUGGCGGGCGAGACCGUGAGUGUUGUCGAAGCCUCCAAAUGGUAUGACUGGGGGUUUUUCGGCGCGGCCCCUCUCACCAGCUACGAAUCCUUUGGCGCCGAGUCGCCCUUGUUCAGCCUUUUGCAAACCGAUGAACGCUGCUAUGAUGGCCUCAUCUUCAUCGAGCCCCGUGGCGUCUACGUCGAGACGCCUGGUCCGGUAGUCACCGACAAGGACGGCAACCUCAUAUGGAUGGCGACAGAAUGGGGGCAGGCGAUGGACCUCAAGGUGCAGAAAUACAAGGACAAGGACUACAUUACCUUUUGGCGAGGAAGUGAUAGCGGAACUUUUGGCUCCGGCUCCUACAUUAUGCUUGACGAGACCUACGAAUUAUUCAAGGAGAUCGAGCCAGUCGGCGAGGGAUUGACGGGUGAUCUACACGAGUUUCGCAUCACGGAAGAGGGAACCGCGCUUAUGACCAUCUAUCACCGUGUGCAGGUCGCUGCAGAUGGGGAGGGGACGGACAAGCUCUGGAUAUACGAUGGCUACUUUCAAGAGGUCGACAUUGCAACGGGGGAACUCGUAUUUGAGUGGCACGCCUCUGAUCAUAUCUCUGCCACGAACAGCAAGCAACCACUCGAUGGCACCGGCGGCUCUUUCGACAAUGCAUACGACUUCUUCCACAUCAACAGCAUAGACAAGGACGCCAACGGCAACUAUCUUGUCUCGUCUCGCAACGUGUGGGGUGUCGCCUGCAUCAACGGCACCGACGGCAGCCUCUUGUGGAACCUCGGUGGUCAAGCGAACUAUUUCGAGGAUCUCUCCGACGGCGCAGCAACAGAUAUGGCCUGGAACCACCACGCAUCAUGGUAUGGCAACUCGUCGCUCACCCUCUUCGACAAUGCGUACAACGGCCAUCACUGGUCCUCGGAUCGGUCCCGCGGCCUCAUCAUUGACCUUGAUCUGGAGAAUUGGACUGCCAAGGUACGACACGCCUACGUCGCGCCUCAGCACAGUCUGACCCCGUCGCAAGGCUCGGUCCAGGUACUGCCCAAUGGCAAUGUCUUCGUCGGCUGGGGUCAUACUCCUGCCUUUACGGAAUUCACCAGGGACGGGGAGGUCCUCUGCGACACACACUUUGGACCUAUUUGGUUUGCCAAUUUCUCCUGGACAAAGACGUACAGGUCGUUCAAGUUCCCGUGGGUAGGGAAACCCAAAACCGUGCCUUCUGUGGCCAUGAGACCCCGUCAGAAUGCGCUCUUUGCGAGCUGGAAUGGUGCCACGGAAGUGGCACGCUGGGUUUUGCAGAGCAGCGUCGACUUCAAUAGCAGCGACAUCAAGGACCACGACGACGUUCCAAAGGUCAAGUUCGAAACAAAGAUCCAGGUUCCAGACGAGGCAGAAAUGUACGUCCGUGUCCUGGCUAUGGACAGGAACGGCAACGUCCUGGCCCACUCUAACCCCGUGUCCCGAUACGAGAAGACCCCUCCUGUUCGCCGCCGCAAGGUGGCGCCGUGUUCUCUUGAGACAAUAUCGAGCGUGUUUCCCUAA